CGCCCUCCACCCCCAUCGCUGCAGUGUCUCAACUGCCUUGGAGCAAACAAGAGAGGAUAUAGAACGCAGCAGACGUUAAUAAGACAGAAAUAGAGGGGAGACAGAGAGAGAUAGAGGAGAAAUGUAAGUGAGUGUGUUUGAAUAUGAGGAAGAUAUGAAGAUGAAACAGCAGGACUAAAGGUGGAUUGCACAGAGCCUUUCUCUCCCUGCAAGGGCUUGUCUGCAGUAUCCUUUGUAAAUGGAUGCUGCCUUGUGAAUACGACUUGGACUUCAGUUGCUGGGGAGAUAUCACACCACAGAAGAAGCUGAAAAGAUUUUAAUCAGGAAGGUUAAGCAACAACGACCUAUAUCUAACUGAGGGUGGAUGUUGCUGAAGCCAAACGAGGGCAACGUACCACGAGAGCCAUGUGGGAGGAGAGUAAGGGAGUUCUGCAAUUCGCACGCAUCGAGCCCUAACAAUCUGUCCAGUGCUAUUCGCUCAACGUUCUCCAGCCCUGUUUCCUAGCUGUUUCUCAGGGGCAGCCCCUGCUAUGCACCCCAGCUCUGUUGGCUUCAGCAGGCAGUCCGACCUCAGUGCCAGGCGCUGUGUGGGCAUCCCAAAAGCCUGGGUUCUGACCACACAGGACUUACAGACAGCCCCUGAACAAAAAGAAUCAAAUCCUCCUGAGCCGCUCCUCUGUGUGGUGACUUUCCCGUCUAGUGUUAAAUUGGGCUGUUGUGAAGACUUGUCUGCCUCUUCACCAGCAAGUUCUUAGCGUUAGUGAAAACCCUCUCCAACUCGUCCACCAGAUCCUUUUAGGUCACCACUUCGUUAUAAUUUGCUUUCCCAUCAAGCAGCAGCACGACUUCCUUUGUGCUCACCACGUGGUGGAGGACCAUGGGAUGCCGUCAGAGCUCGGAGGAGAAGGAAGCGGCGCGGCGCUCCCGGCGAAUCGACCGCCACCUGCGCUCAGAGAGUCAGCGGCAGCGGCGUGAGAUCAAGCUCCUGUUGCUGGGCACCAGCAACUCGGGCAAGAGCACCAUUGUCAAGCAGAUGAAGAUCAUCCACAGUGGAGGCUUCAACCUGGAUGCCUGUAAGGAGUACAAGCCCCUAAUCUUGUACAAUGCCAUCGACUCGCUCACACGCAUCAUCCGUGCCCUCACUACACUCAAGAUCGACUUUAACAAUGCUGAUCGCGCCUACGACGCCGUGCAGCUCUUCGCCCUCACAGGACCGGCUGAGAGCAAAGGGGAGAUCACUCUAGAGCUGCAGGGGGUCAUGAAACGUCUGUGGGGGGACUCAGGGGUACAGGAGUGCUUUCAGCGAUCCAAUGAGUACCACUUAGAGGACAACACUGCAUACUACCUGAAUGACCUGGACCGCAUCUCUGCACUCGAGUUCAUCCCAACCGUCGAGGACAUCCUGCGGUCCCGCGACAUGACCACCGGCAUUGUGGAGAACAAGUUCACCUUCAAGGAGCUUACCUUCAAGAUGGUGGAUGUGGGUGGGCAGCGUUCAGAGAGAAAGAAGUGGAUCCACUGCUUCGAGGGCGUGACUGCAAUCAUUUUCUGUGUCGAGCUAAGUGGCUAUGACCUCAAACUUUACGAGGAUAACCAGACGAGCCGCAUGGCCGAGAGCUUGCGCCUGUUCGACUCCAUCUGCAACAACAACUGGUUCACCAACACAUCGCUCAUCCUCUUCCUCAACAAGAAGGACCUGCUGGCAGAGAAGAUCAAACGCAUUCCCCUGACAGUGUGCUUCCCUGACUACAAAGGUCAGAACACCUAUGAGGAGGCGGCCGUCUACGUGCAGCGGCAGUUUGAGGACCUCAACCGCAACAAGGAGACCAAGGAGAUCUACUCGCACUUCACCUGUGCCACUGACACCAGCAACAUCCAGUUUGUGUUUGACGCUGUGACGGACGUGAUCAUCCAGAACAAUCUCAAGUACAUUGGGCUGUGCUAGGACCUGAUGCCGGGUGGGGGGGUGGUGGUAGUGGUUGUGGUGUCCGGGGGGGUAAAAGCGGGCAACUUGGCAGGAGUUGGCACGCCAUAAGGCUGGAUAAACAAAAGGCAUGCCUGCCAGUUUGUCUCUUGGAAGAGGUGCAACAGAGACCUGCAGAGGAGAGGAGGUAGAGAUGGACAGGGCUGGACCAUGCUGUAGAUUAAUGUGUUUCAGUUGAAACAAAAGAGCUGAUGGGCCACGGUCAAGAUGGGAUUUUUACCCAAUGUGUUUGCACUGAAUAUGAGUAUGCAGAGACACCCAGAAACACGCACACACACACACACACACACACACACACACACACACACACACACACCCUUAUGUUUGCUCACACACAAGAUCUUUGGAUCAACAGUCAAGCACUUGUUUGACAAGGCAUCACUGGAAACGUUAGACAGCGACCCCUACCUGCCUGCCAAACCUGAGGUAGUAGGUCUGUACUGCUGGUUCUUUUCGGUGACUUUUAUUUUAUUUGCCAGAGUCAAUUAAUGCUGCUUUACAAGAAGAAAUUUGACAAAAUCAAUGUUCUCUUUUGGAUAUUCACCCUAAUAAUGGUAAAAUAUAUAUAUGUCAGUAGACAUGAUGUCACAGGGUUUCUGCCUAAAAAGGAAACUGCCACAGUGUAAAGCUGAAGUGAAAUACGUUUUCUACACAUUACUUCUGUUUGCCCCCUGGUCGACUCUCUAAUGUUGUCCUUCCCCCCCUCUUUCUUUUAUCGUUUUUUGUGCUUUAAAAAAAAAAAAAAAGAACAUGUCUCUAAAACCUGCCUUUUAUAGCAAGUCACUGACUGAUAAUACCAGGAGAGUGUUAUGCUCGGUAGAGUCAAAAGUAUUCUUUAUGAUCAUUCCAGUUUCCAGCAAGAGACAACAAAAACAGUGCCAAGAUCAAUUUGUAAAUAAAAACAAGGUCCCAUCCAUUACAUUAAUUUUUGUUUUGUUUUUAUGGACGAAUACAUUAAAACAUGCAUGAUUUUGUUACUUUGGGAUACUAAUAUAUUUUAUUUGGGAUUAUGUUCCUCUUUUCUUAAGUUUAAAUAAUAUAUUCCCAAAUAUAUAUAUAUAAAUAUAUAUAUAAAAGUCAAACACUGUGUACGAUUGUACAGUUGUCAGAGAGGAAUCUAUUGAAAAGAGUUAUAUCAAUAUAAUAACGGUGAAUAUGAUGUAAUGAUGAUGAUGAUGAUGAAAAAGAUGACUGAUGAUCAUGAUGAUGAUGAUAGUGGUGAUUACAAUCACAUUAAUGUCAAGGAAAAUCUCACUACACAGCUAGCAUGAGAGGAGUGGAUCAAAGGAGAACAAGACUGUAGAAAAUAUGAAAACAAAGAAGCAAAUCUUGAAAGUUCAAUCUUCCUUGCAUUAUCUAAGUGAAAAUUGUCAAACAGCCAGUCAGUAUGAUGUGUAAAUAUACUGUAAGGUACACUCUUUGUUCAAACAAAUGAAAAAUAAAGGUUGAGUUGUGAUACUGUGAGAAAGAGAGAGCGAGAGAAAGAGAAGGAGGAACACCCGACUCCACUCCUCCUCUUACCCUUUCUUUUCAGUUUAGAGGGUGGUGAGCAAACAACUCAGCUAAGGGCUUAAGGCUUGACUUUACGUGAUGUCCACUUUAACAAAAGACAAAACAAUUCAAAAAGAAGUAUAAAGAGGACAAUAACUAUGAAUAAAACAACUUAUGCAAAUUUC